AUGAACGUCUUCAAGCAACAACACGUCGAUGUAUACGCUUCGGUUCACCCAAUUGAAAUCGUGGAACCAGACCCAGAGAAUUGUCCAGCCCUCUCACUCCCCCCAGAAGGCAACGUCAAAGUCCGUAACUACCGAAUGUUGAACGAAAACCUGUGCACAUAUUCCCCAACGGGUGAUAUCAACACCUCGCCGAACAAAGGGAAACUGGUGCCGAAAUACGAAGUCCUCUCAACGUUGUCGCCACCGAGACAAAAAAUCCUGGAGCUUCUCAGACCAGAAGACCCUGGGAGAGAUACGUUAGAAGCAAUAGUACGGCCCGCGCCACGACGCGGUCUUGCGCGACCAUUUGAUGAAGACACUAGACGAUUUCUUCAACGAACCAUACUGUCUCCGAGUCCACAAAUAUCUAACCCAGCUACACCUGAACACCAUAACACUUCAGAAUCUAAAGAUCAUGGUGUUCAAAAUUCAAAUGAAUCAAAGGUGAAAAAGUCUGAACGUUCUCUGGCUGAUGAAUUAAAAGAAGCGGAAGAAGAUGAAAAGUCGGGAGGUAUAAAAAGAGAACUACUGCGCGAAUUUAGAAAAAGAGGGGGAAUCAAGGAGGCUAUGGAGAGGGAGAGAAUGGGCAAGUUGGCACUCUCCGUAGAAGACGACGAAGAGGACGACAGCGGUCUAACAGCAGCGGCGCGGCGUCUGGACGCGUUAUUGGCAGAGUCCAGAAACCUUCACGAGGAGUUGGCGAGCAUCCACGAAGACAUCCAGGCGGAGUGCGCGCGUGCAUGUCGAUGCGCGGCGGCUGCACGCGCUCUUACCGCGGAGUCCCGGGCGCUGCGGUAUCUGGACGACGUCGUCGCCCUCCUAAAGGGCGACAUUGCUGCCGCUGUACGUGCGAAAACCUGGCCCUUUGCGAUGGGCCAUAAGGAACCCGGCCGGAACUAUAUUGUAUGA